AUGAGUGCAUGUGAAGCUCUCGGAAAUCUGGACGGAAAAGUAGCCACCAAUGACGUGAUCAAUAGGUUGGUGACUGUUGCACUUGGAGAUAAGAAUGAUGAUGUCAGAAGGAGUGCAUGUAUGGCUCUCGGGAAUAUGGGUGAAAACGCGGCAACCAAUGACGUGAUCCACAGGUUGGUGACUGUUGCACUUGGAGAUAAGAAUGAUGAUGUCAGAAGUAAUGCAUGUUACGCUCUCGGGAAUAUGGGUGAAAACGCGGCAACCAAUGAUGUGAUCCACAACUUGAUGACUGUUGCACUUGGGAAUGCGAAUACGAAUGUCAGAAUGAAUGUAUGUGGAGGUCUCGGAAAUCCGGAUGAAAAAGCAGGAACAAAUAAAGUGAUUGGGGCGGUGUUGGGUUAUCCGUCUCGUGAUCACGACAGGUGGGUUCAGGUUAAGGCCGCGCAAGCACUUGGAAAGUUUCUCUGUUCGUUCUCGACAAUGGUGAAGUUAGACCCUAAUGCAGUUGCGAAACUUGUUUCUUUUGUGAACAAAUAUGGCAUAGAUCAUCUCAGAACUGUUCCUUCAGACAGGUUCAUCCAGGUGUUCCUGUAUACGAAAAAUUGUGUCUGGCUCCCUGUAGUAGCGAUUGUGGCACUUCUGCAAGGGAAUGCUGUUACUAUUACUGAUAACACUAUUGUCGUGUGUGGUAGUAGCGAAGAAGUAAAGGUAUCUGUUUAUGUUAGAGAAAUGCGUGAGCAAUUGAUUAAAGCUUUUUCUGAUCAGAGAGAAAGAUUGCACUCUUCUUCCCUCUCAAUAAAUAUAUCGGAGAAACGUCAUUUUGACGUAGCUGAGGGUGUUUGUAAGCGUUCAAAAAGUCACAUCUAACUUGUGGAAACACCGUUUUUCCAAACUUUCUUUGUCACUUGUGAGUGAUCCUGAAACGUCAGAUGUCACCCUAGUGAAGCUUUUUUUCUCAAGCACAUGACUUUCUUGAAUUUCUUGAGUAAGAAUCUCAUGGCGUGGAGACAUUUCUUACUCAUGCAAAACGCAUUUUUUCCGAUGUCAUGUGCUUGACUUAUGU